AUGGCUGACACACCUUCUCCAAACAAAUCCACCAGAACACCACGUCUCAUAUUACGUGAAGCCCGCAAAGGGGACCUCGCCGCUAUUCAUAAGCUGUACAGCAAUGAGGAAGUAAUGAGAUACUGUCCCUCUGAGCGCAGGUCUCAACCCCACGAUUCUGUGUCCCGAACGGCAACCUAUCUCGAAGCCAUGGUCACCUCAUCAACAAACGGAGACCUUGCGUUUGUCCUCCUCCUACCCCCAUCUGCCACCACGAUAACUACAUCCACAACUCCUGCCGGCGCCACAACAGACGAAGGCAAAAUCAUAGGACAUGCAGGAAUCUGGUACGCCGACCGGAACGAGCUUGUGUUUAUGAUUGAUAACGCCUACUGGAACCGAGGCUACAUGACUGAAGUACUCGCAGCGCUCGUCCCCAUCUUCUGGGAGAAGGGGUUGAAGAAGGUAUACGCGGACGCGAACCCGGAUAAUGAGGCUAGCCUCAAGGUGCUGAGAAAAUGUGGAUUCACUCAAGUGGGGGGGAACAUUGUAGAGUCUUUGGCAGUGGAGUAUGAGAGCCUGCGCAUGGAAUUGGCAAACCCAUGUGAUGGAGAGGAGGAAGGAGAGUUUGAGUUUGCGGAUGAAGGGUCAGAUUCCUAG